CGCGCGCCUGCCCGCCCCGCCCCCGCCGCCGCCCGCCGCCCGCCCGCCCGCGCGCGCCUAACGGUCUGCGCCCGCCGCGCCGCUGCCCGCGCGGGAGGAGGAUGAAGGAGAUGAAGCAGCGGAGGAAGAAGGAGCGCACGUGGGCCGAGGCCGCCCGCCUGGUUCUGGAAAAUUACUCUGAUGCUCCUAUGACCCCAAAACAGAUUCUGCAGGUCAUAGAGGCUGAAGGACUGAAGGAAAUGAGCGGCACGUCUCCGCUGGCCUGCCUCAACGCCAUGCUGCACUCCAACUCCCGCGGCGGGGACGGGCUCUUCUACAAGCUGCCCGGGCGCAUCAGCCUCUUCACGCUGAAGAAGGACGCGCUGCAGUGGUCUCGGAACCUGUCGGUGCCCGAAGGGGAGGAGCUGGAGGACACGGCAGACGCAGAAAGUUGUGAGUCCAAUGAAGCGAGCACCGUGAGCGGCGAUAACGACGUGUCUCUGGAUGAAACGUCCUCCAAUGCCUCGUGCUCCACCGAACCACAGAGCAAGGGACCCAGUGCUGGCAGGGAGAGCUGCAGAGCUGCCGCCCAGACAAGCAAACAAAAGAAGAAGCCUGGUGUGAUGCUGCCGCGUGUUGUCCUCACGCCACUGAAGGUCAACGGGGCGCACGUGGAGUCUGCCUCGGGUUUCCCAGGGAGGCACGCGGAUGGGGAGAGCAGCAGCACGUCCAGCAGCAGCAGCAGCUCCUUGGCGCUGUGCAAAGCCACCCUGCGCAGCAGGACGGAAAUCAACAGGGAUCCUCCGCAGCUGCUCAGGGGCAUCCGGAAGCCCACGGCUGGGCAAAUGAAACGAAACAGGGGUGAGGAUAUCGACUUCGAAACCCCUGGUUCCAUUCUUGUCAACACAAACCUGCGGGCGCUGAUCAACUCCAGAACGUUCAACGCGCUUCCGUCACACUUCCAGCAGCAGCUGCUGUACCUCCUCCCCGAGGUGGACAGACAGGUUGGGGCCGAUGGGCUGAUGCGGCUCAGUGGCAGCGCUCUGAACAACGAGUUCUUCACCCACGCGGCGCAGAGCUGGAGGGAGCGGCUGGCUGACGGUGAAUUCACCCAUGAGAUGCAAGUUCGAAUUCGGCAGGAGAUGGAAAAGGAAAAGAGAGUGGAACAAUGGAAAGAGAAGUUCUUUGAGGACUACUAUGGACAAAAGUUGGGCUUGACCCAAGAAGAAUCCCAGGAGCAGAAUUCGGUGCAAGAGGACGCUGAGAACAGGACAGGCCCGGCUGGGAAAGGAGAAGCGCGGGUGCCGCGCGCUCCGGCCACGCGGCAGAGGGACGGGCGCUUCAAGAAACGCUCCCGCGCUGACCUGCGCUGCAGAGCCCGCAGGAGCCUCUACAAACCGCGUGAGCCCAAGCAAACGGAGGCUUCCAAAGAGACGGCUGUUGUGGGACCAGACUCCUCGCUCCACAAAGAGACGCUGCCUGAGGUAGAGCUGAAGAAGGAUGAUCUGAUGAGCCCUUCGGCUGCCGGACUGAAGCCAGAGAGCUCAGAAUCGCACCUCUCUCCAGAGACUUCUGCAUUACACAGUAAAUCAGAAGAUGUGUCGUUGGCAGCCGCAAACAGGAUUCCCGGGUUGCCCCAGGAGAACUCGGUGCGGGAGCCCAAGGAGCAGAAGAGGAGAUGCUUUGAGGAGGCUGCCUCUGCGUCCUUUCCCGAAAAGAAGCCCCGGCUUGAAGAUCGUCAGUCCUUUCGUAACACAAUUGAAAGUGUUCACCCAGAAAAGCCACAGCCUACUAAAGAGGAGCCAAAAGUCCCACCCAUCCGGAUUCAACUUUCACGUAUUAAACCACCCUGGGUGGUUAAAGGUCAGCCCGCUUACCAGAUUUGCCCCCGGAUCAUCCCCAGCGCGGAGCCCUCCAGCCGCGGCCGCGCCGGGCCCCGCACCCUCGCCGACAUCAAGGCCCGCGCGCUGCAGGCCCGAGCCCAGCGCGGAGCCGCCGCCAUCGGAGGAGGGGGCGGCCCCGGCGGGGGGAGAAGCGCCGACGAGGGAGGUGGAGGAGACCCCGGCAGCCGCGCAGAGCGCCGCAGAUCCCGCAGGACUCGCGGAAAGUGCUCGGCAGAUCUACAACGAGCACAAUUACUGUCGUCUCUCCAUCUGAACGAGGAGGAGGCUGAUGCUGAGGUGGCUGUGCCAGAGGCUGCCACGAAUUCCUUCCUGUCUUCAAGACAAGGCCCCUUGUCCUCAAAGCCAGAGGGAAGGGGUGACCUGGGACGCGCCGCAGGCACCGACUCGGGGGAGGCUCAGCAUGGUGAUGGGUCACCCCAAAGGCAGCUCCGUGGUGCUUUGGCUGGAUCAUCCUUGGACAGUGCAACCUGCCAGAGGCAGGAGAGCCCCGAGCAGCUCCUUGCUGACCCAAGGACCGAAACCCCGGCUUGUGUCGUGUCACAGGAGAGGCAAAGCAUGAAGCUGAAGUGCGUGUUUCCCCCAGUGAACGGCCUGUCGAGUUCCCAGGGAGCUGGGAUCGCUCCUGCGGGAGAUGUGCUUCUGUCGGGACUCACAGAUGUUGGUGCUCCUGCCGUGCAGUUGGAUUAUCCUUCUGACGUAAAGGAAAAUUCCUCUAGUUGUCCUGCUCUUCUGCCAGAAACGUCAUUGGGUGGUAAAGAAUGCUGUGAGCCAGGAACGGUGGCUAGAUUGAGAUUCAAUGGCUCUGAAACAUUUGUGGAAAAACGUGUUGCUGAUGGUGGGAACUCCAAAGCAGCGGCUGCGGGAGCAGAGGAUGCGGCUGCUGCGCUGGGCGGCUCCGCACACCCGCGGGCAGAGAGAGACCGUGAUGAAGAACAGAACACAGAGUCUGUGGUGAAACCCUCUCCACAGGAUGACUUCAUUGCUCAGAACAGCAUACAUACCUCUGAAAAAGUUGUGCAGCUGAGGGAGAGGUGCCCCAGGACAGAGCCCGAAAACGCACAGCAGCCUCUGAAAGAGACUCAGGAGUGCAAGACGAGCGGAGAUGAUGACGUACAGAGUACGCAUGGCGAAACAACAGAUACUGCAUCAGAUUUUGAAGGUGAUGUAGCUGAUGAGAACGCAGAGAUGGAUCUGUGUUUCAGGAGUGUCCCCUGCAGGGAGGUGGUGGGGACAGACCCCUCUCCCAGCAGCACUGGGGGAGGCGACAGGGUCAGGUCGCAGCCGGUGGUGGUGGCAGCGGAGGGUCUGGCCCAUGGUGUGGACGUCCCCACGGUGCUGAGCUCCGCAGCUCCUGCCCCGUCGCCCCAGGAACGCUCCACCCGGCCCGUGUCCACCGCAGAAGCCACCAGCCCGCUGGUGACACAGCUGCUCAAGGGAACCCUCCCGCUGAGAGAAGUCCUCCCUGUCUCCCACACCAACAUCAGGCUGGAGGUGACACAGCCCCUGCGGGACAUGUGGUCAGAAAGCUGCUCCCUGCAAAUGGAGGGAGGCAGCAGUGGCUAUUUUGGCAAAGAAUCUUCUCUGGAUGUAGGAAUAAAGUCGAGUGCCCUGAGCAGGCGCGAUGACUUCCACGCAGUGAGAUCCUCUGCAGAUCCCCAGGACAAGAAGCUUGGAGCAGGAGCAGAGGGUGUAGAGGAUCCGUCCCUUCCAGAAAAACAUUCCAAAGUUGGCUUGACUUUAAGCUGCCCUGACCAAGUGGCCAAUGUGGCAAGUGCCUCUCAGGAGCCUGAAGAUACGGGCCCUCAGGAAAGAACAUUUUCUUCCUGUAGCUUGGACGAGCAAAAGGAGCUGCCCAAGGUCCAUCGGGUGCCACAGCACAACCCGUUGUCAAGCGUCAUCACAAAUACAAGUCCAGAGAAGCUGAAAGCCUCUGCAGAGCCUCGUUUUUUAUCUCCAGCUGUAACUUCUCUUGGUCCAAAGCAGACAGGAGGUACAUCGGUCAAUAAAGCCAAUGUUGGAGCUCAAGGCAAGAAGCUCUUCGGUUCUGGUUUCCCCUGCGGUGCCGCCGUGAGGCCACAGCAGCCCAGGGCUCCGGAUCACGGUUCAGCCAUGGGAGCCCCAUCCCCCAGCAAACAGGUUCCUCUGGCCAAGAGCUGCGUGCCGGGGGAAGGAGCCCCUGCUGGCAGGGGAGGGGGCGCUCCCAGGCAGCACCUCGGCACCCCGGGAGGGGUCGGAGACGAGAACGUGUUGGCGUGUGGCAGCCCCGCGAAGAACAGGAACGAUGCGCGAACCCCCGCGGAGCCGAGCGAGCAUCCGCAGAGUGUCCCGCUGGGUGUGGACUUGCCGUUUUUGAAGUUGUCAAGGGAAGUGGGAAAAGGACACAAUCACCCUUUGGAGCCUUCGUCCAUCCCCUCUCAGCUCAAUAUCAAGCAAGCAUUUUAUGGGAAGCUUUCUAAGCUGCAGCUGAAUUCCACCAGCUUUAAUUAUUCAUCCGGCACUCCAGCUUUUCCCAGAAGCCUUGCUGGGAGCGUGGUGCAGCUGGCCCACAAAGCGAACUUUGCUGCGAACCACAGCACGGCCCUUUCCGUGCAGAUGUUUGCCGACAGCGGCAGCGUUGACGAGAUCUCGUUCAAGUGCUCGUGCAGCCUUAAAGCCAUGAUCAUGUGUAAGGGCUGCGGGGCCUUUUGUCACGACGACUGUAUAGGACCCUCUAAGCUUUGUGUAUUGUGCCUUGUGGUGAGAUAAUAAAUUAUGGCCAUGGGACAGGUUGUAUAUUCAGUGUGUGUAUCUUGACAACAACUGAUCCUAAAGCCCGUACACAAAAUACUAUUCUGUUUAUAGUAGAAAUGCCGUUACACUUUGGUUUGGUGAGGAAAGCUGACUCGCCUUCCCACUACAAUCAACAGCAAACCCUCCGAGCUGGAGCGACCCUCUGCCUGUGCUGCCCUGGAAACACCGACUGCUCCGCUGCACGAGCCGAGACCCGAACGAGAGCCCGUGUGCUGUGGUGACCCGUGGACCCUCUGCCGGGGAAUCUUUCCAUCCACAGGAAUGGGAACAGUGUUUUCUAUUUCAGGGCUGUGCUGGUGAGGCCCUACAGUCUUCCACUCUCCCCUUUGCCAUCUCCAUCCUCAGCCACUGUGCAGGAGGUGCAAGCGGGGGCUGCUCUGCAGGGACAGUUCUGCUCGGGGUUGGAUGCUGCGGGACGCACAGCGGCUGUCCAGCCCUAUAGAAUGACCAUAUAUUGGGUGGAGCCAAUGUGCAGGAUGCCAGACGAGUUAAAAGUGGCAAGUGGCUUUUGCUGGGCUGCAGGACGGCGUGUGGUCCAGGAACUCUGCCUGGCUGGGCUCUGGGACCGUGAGUCCCUCUUUGGGCUGACUCACCACAGACUGGUGUGAAACUGGUGUGAGCGGAGGUUCCUGGUGCUGUUUGUGUCCGGCGCUCUGUGUCACAGCCCUGCAGUGAGAACCUGGACGUGACACCGUCUGCCCACGUGCGCCUCUGUGACUGUUGCCCUACAGUUAAAACAGUGUUUUCUCAUUUUUUUAUAUUUUCAUUCUUGGAUGUAUAAAGUGAAUUAUUUGGCUCCUGUAAGUAUCCUCUAUGCAUCUGUUUGAUCAUGUAUUUAUAUGUUGUACACAGUACUGGCCAACUCUGUAAAUGGUUGUAAUGUACAUAGAACAUAAAGGGUUCUUUUUUUUUUCCCUUGGAUUUCCAGGCUCUCCAGCAGUAUUGCAUUAAAGUGGUGUUAGUUAUUAACCUGCAGCUGCAGUCGGAGCCGCUCUGUUCUGUCCUGCCUGACGGAGGCUCCAUGUGCGAUGGUGUCUCUGUUCCCACCGCCCUGCGGGGACAGACCGGUGUGGGGACAGACCGUGAGGGCUUCACAGAGUCGGGUUUAGGUUCCUGUUCGCAGGGUCAGGUUUAGGUCCCUGCUCCCUCCCCGAAGCCGCUGCUGCUGCCACCACUGUCCCUCACGGCCAGAGCUGCAGUGCCCGGUGCUGAACGUCCUCGUGCAUCCGCAGGUUGAGGCCAAAUGCUGACUCCACUCUGGAGCAAUCGCUCACCAAGAAGGAAUUGCCUCAGCGACGGGACAAAUCAGCUGUUUUAUUUAAGGCAGUAGCAAGAAUUGUAGGGGGUUUAUUAUCUGUAUAUUUUCUUCUCUCUUUUCUAGCUCUAUCCUACCUCCCUUGACCAUGCACUUUUUUUUAACCAUACCCAUCCCUAUUUGUGAUUCAAGCCUGAGGGAUGCAGUAAGUUUAGUCUCUGAAAUGGUUUGUCCUUAAUGCAUCUGCCAGCCUCAUAUUGUGGGGAUGAGACUGACGUGUGCCUGGGCCGGGGCAGCCGCGGUGGGGCUGUGGGAUCCUGUGAAGCAAAGCGGGAGCGGAGCCGGGGCUGGAGCUGCAUCCUCGGGGCUGUGGGCAGAGCCCGGGGGCCGCUCGGGUGCGUCCCUUGUGCUAUUGGAAAAUAAACACGCUGUAAAACCCCCA